AUCUCAAAGACUUAGCUGAAGUGUUAAACAUUUUCCAUAUGGAUCUAUGUAUUGAUGUGAAUGUGAUUCAUCCAUUUCAAAUAAUUAUUUGUAAUAAUGACUACAAAUGUGAUAAAAAUAUCACAGGGAUAUCUGAUGUCAAUCUACAUGAUUUACUUUUUACUCCUUAGUUUCAAUUGUAGAGAUCAAAUAAUGAUUUUAUUUUUUUUUAAUUUAGGAUUAUCUGUGGUUUGUGUGGCCCUAGAAAUUCAAGAUCCAGAAAAACAAAACCAAAACAGACCUCUCAGCCAGUAUUGUUGACUGGCCGUGUUUUUUUGUCUGUUCCUUCUCUAGGGUAAUUCCUCUUCUGCAGUUACUUUUGGAUGGAAGUAUGCACUUUUCCCAAUAGAAGAUGGUAAUCUUGGAGAAUGACCAUGGAGAAGGGGAUGAGUUCUGGAGAAGGGCUGCCUUCCAGAUCAUCUCAAGUUUCGGCUGUUAAAACAACAGCGAAAGAGUUGGAAACGAAGCAGUCCCAUAAAGAGAAACGAGGGGGCUUUGUGUUGGUACAUGCAGGUGCAGGUUAUCAUUCUGAAUCCAAAGCCAAGGAAUAUAAGCAUGUAUGCAAAAGAGCUUGUCAAAAGGCAAUUGAAAAGCUACAGGCUGGUGCUCUUGCGACAGAUGCAGUGACUGCAGCCCUGGUGGAGCUUGAGGAUUCUCCUUUUACAAAUGCAGGAAUGGGAUCUAAUCUAAAUCUCUUGGGUGAAAUUGAAUGUGAUGCCAGUAUAAUGGAUGGAAAAUCCUUGAACUUUGGAGCUGUUGGGGCACUGAGUGGAAUCAAGAACCCAGUCUCAGUUGCAAACAGACUCUUGUGUGAAGGGCAGAAGGGCAAACUCUCAGCCGGCCGAAUUCCUCCCUGCUUUUUAGUUGGAGAAGGAGCCUACAGAUGGGCAGUAGAUCAUGGAAUACCCUCUUGCCCUCCCAGCAUCAUGACCACAAGAUUCAGUUUAGCUGCUUUUAAAAGAAACAAGAGGAAACUAGAGCUGGCAGAAAGGGUGGAAACAGAUUUCAUUCAACUAAAGAAAAGAAGACAAUCAAGUGAAAAGGAGAACGACUCAGGUGCUUUGGACACAGUGGGCGCUGUGGUUGUGGACCACGAAGGGAAUGUGGCUGCCGCUGUCUCUAGUGGAGGCUUGGCCUUGAAACAUCCGGGGAGAGUUGGGCAGGCUGCUCUUUAUGGAUGUGGCUGCUGGGCUGAAAAUACUGGAGCUCAUAAUCCCUACUCCACAGCUGGUGUGGGGAGCAUCUCGUGCGCACCAUACUGGCUAGAGAAUGUUCACAUGCUCUACAAGCUGAAGAUGCCCACCAGGCUCUGCUGGAGACUAUGCAAAACAAGUUCAUCAUUGUCUAGGGUUGAGUUGAAAUCCAGUCUGGCUCCAUUUGCUGUUAUGAAGCUACAUCUGGUUGGAAGAAGCGAUGCCUUUGUCUAAUCUGUGGAAAGAUUUUCUACAGCCUACCAAUUUCCCUAUAGAUAAUUGUUACUUUUUAUUAAAACCAUUUGACUCUGGAUUUUCCCAUCUUUUUAAUGUUGAACUUACCUCUAUGAAAAGCUUAUGAAAUUGUAUAAGAAAUAUAAACCAUAUUUCUUCUAUGCUUUAUAUAAAAUGUUAAAAAUAAGUUAGAGUAAGAAGCCAUGAGCACAUAAACUAGGGAAAGACUUUCACAGGGUUUAAUCUGGAGGGUAUCUCCAAGGAGAGAAUUAAGAGGAUAAUAUGAGGUGCAAAUUAUAUGGUGAGGACAACACAGACAGGUGUCUAGGAAAAAAAAUCACCCUGAAAGGACUCAGUGAUGGCAGACUCCUAGAACUGGCCCCAGGCAGCCAGAAAAAGAGGGGAAGACAGGAAUGUGGGCGCAGAGACAGAGAUACGACAGUGGGGUUGGCGCGGCAAGGUCUGGCACCUACAUAACCCUCACGUAGAGCAGUGUUCCCGACGGGCAGCAGGGCUGGGUCAGCCAGGGAUCAGUGCCUUUCUCCAGUUUCCCACAGUGUCCCGGUGUCCAGUCACACCCCUACCCCAGCCCUACCUUUAGGGUGCUGGUGUGGGUCUGGCUAGCAAGGGUCGCCCCGAUGGAUCUUGUUAAAAUUCAGGCUUUACCUACUCAAAACACUUUUCAUCUCAAAGUGAUCUCUGCUUAGAAUUUAUGAAAGUCCAUUCAAAGGACCAAAUACAAGUUUUAUAAUAUAAGCGUGCAACUGAUGGGCUAGGUAGGGCGUUCCAGGGAUAGGGAUAAAACUGAGUUACUUCCUCAGAUUUAUAAGCAUUGUCGCUCAGGUCUUAGGAAGUAUCAUGCCCUUUUAGGGAAGAUUUUAGGGUAGAGAAAAACAGAUUACAGGCAAAAAAGAACUGGAUUUUUCUGAAGAAGAGAGUGAAUAACUAUAGAAAAAAAUUUCAAUAUGAAGAGAUUUUGUAACAGGUGCUUUCUUCCAGUCACUUGACCUGAGGUUAUGAAAAUGUAAAUAAUGGUAUGAACUUCAUGCACGCUGGUGAGAAUCACCUGAUAACAAAUUGUGAGCUGAGGAAUGCGUUAGAAACGGCCUUUGAGGUCUGCCUUAUUUUUCAGAAAAAGGUUGAUGACAUUCAUGUUACUCCAUCCUCAAAUGUGUCAGCAUCAGACUCAUCUUAUUGUUCUUUUGCUUUAACAAUUACCAUCAUGGAAUGCUAGGUUUAAAGAAAACCAAAUUCUUUGCCUUAACAAUGUAUAUAAUUUAUGUAACUUGCUAUUAGUUGUCCAGCUAUACCAGAUGCGUUCUCAGAACAAUGGGAGGAGUGCUAAGAGGUGAAAACUCAGCACUUAGGAGAAGUUCACAUCCUGGAAACCCUGUGAUUAUGGCACAUGUCAAAUGUCUCCCUGUUGCGAGUGAGCUGAAGCCCUUUACUGCAUCUGAAACCACAGGUUCACUGGCUAGUUGUGCAUCUCCAGGUCUGAGCUCCCCUCCUUUCUCUUCUGAUACCUUGUUACCCUCCCCUGUUGUAUAACUUUUGAAACUUCUCAGAGAGUUGGGUUGCAGUACUCUGUUUUCCCACUCGAUCCCAUGACCUAGUGCAUAUUGAACCCCGUCUUCACAAUUCCAGACUCUUGGAAAGGAGUGAGAAACUUCAGAGCUCAGUUUAUCAACCGUGCUCACUAAAUCAUGGAAGCAUCCUAUCUUACAAGAGUUCGGUGACUUGUCCAAACUCAGCUGCUUAGUCAGUGGGUGUUCAUUUUGCAAGAUCAUGCUGCCCCUUCCUUUUAUAAGUAAAAUAUAAUAUGGACUACAGAAGACCAUUCCUAGAGUUAGGAUAGCUGGGUUCUGCUCUUAACUGUGUGUCUGACUCACUGGAUCUAGCAAGUUACUUAAGUUCUGUUUUGUUUUCUUUAGGGGGAAAAAAAAAAAGUUAAACAAGAGACAGUUUCUAAAUUCCUCCACCAUGCUAAAUUUUAUGAAUUCUCUACUGGAUUACACUUGUAAAUAUGAGGUGUAAUCAUAUUUUAGUAUGAUUUUUAAUCAGUUUAUUUGGAAUUGGAAAUGGGAUUGGAAAAUAAAAAAUUUCUGGGACCACUUGGGAAUUUUCAAGAAGCAUAGAUGAUAUUUACAAAAUGUUAUAACAAAGUAAGUUGAUUUUACCAGAAGCCUGGAUGAGAAGCAACGGGGUCAGGUUCUUUCCUGUUUUAUGAAAUUAGUUGUUAGUUUUAAAAUAAGUCUCUUUGUCCUUAGUUUCCUCAUGUGUAAGAGAGGGGUCUAGCUCAAUAGUCCCCAAAGUCCUUCCUGGGUCCAAAAUUCUGUUUGGUUCCUGGUUUGUUCACCAACCAAUCUAAACUGUGUGUGUGAAAAUCAAUUUAGUCUUUAGUUGAAACUGUAAGCUAAAACUAUUAUAGGUGGAUUGCAAGUUUCUAUCCAAGGUGAGUUGGUCAAAAUCCUUUCUAGUGAUGUUUGUGGCAAGCUUGACACCACUUGGUUUUAUGGAAAGGCAUCAUGAUAUGCUUCCUUUCUUGCUUCCUUUGUUUUUUCUUAAAAAAAAAGAAAAGAUUUUCAUAAAUAAUAUAUCUAGAGAUUCUCAUUGCGGUGUAUACAUGGGAAUAUUUUAUAUUAUGCUCAGGACACAUUUACUGUAAGACUCUGGUAGUUCUUCAGUUGCAGUUCUGAUUUUCCUACCCAGGCACUGGUUCCCGUGGCCAUUUCUGCUCAUGGGGCUGCCCGUCUGUGGUUCUUUCUCUAUGACUGUUUAUCCAAUUGUAGAGGCAGUUGUUUAUCUUGUGACCUCACUCUUCUGAUGGAUCUAAGAAGAGUUGUUGAUUUUUCAGUUCGUUCAGGUUUUUACUUGUUAGUGUAGAGUGAUGACCUCUAAGCUCUGUACAUAUUUGGACCAGAAACUGGACAUCUCCUCCAUACUCUUUUGCCAAUGGUUAUUAUCACAUUAAAAAAUUAUUUUUUCUAAAAUCAUGGAUUAAAAAAAUGGUUUCCAGUUUUAUCUUUUUUUCUGAUGAGUAAAUUUUCAAAUAUAACUUGGCCUUUUAUAUUAAUGUAUGAAUUAUCUGCUCACAACUUUAGACCACUUUUGUGUUGUACUGUUUGGAUGAUGUUCUUUCAGUUGACAUUUAACUUUUAUUAAUGGUGAAAUUGCCUUAAAUAAAAUAUUCUAAAAUGACACAGUAAUAAUCAUCUGUUCAGAAUUUUAAAAUAACCCUGUCUUUUUGACUAGUAGUAUGUUUGAUAUCUGUGACCUUCCACCAUAAUAAGGGAUUUUAAAAAGUAAUUUUACACUAUGAUUAAAUAGUUUGUUUUUAUGUAUUUUUUCUAAAGUAGUCAGUAACUUAUUAAAGAUUCCCCACCCCCCUUUUUUUUGCAAUGUGAAACCUCUGGAAUUAUUUUAAAUGUAGGAUUGUUUGAAAAUUGAUUUUUGAUAAAUAAAACUUUACUGUGAUAGAUGAGUAGAGUAAAAUUGAAAGACAUUUUGAAGAUUAAAAUGUUUUUGUUUCCACUUAUAUUACCUUUAAUGCAUAGAUCCAGAGCUUUGGUUUGACUUAAUAUAGGAAGCAUAAAAGAGAAUAACCAAUUUGUGCCCAUUUUCAAAAAACCACUGUUUGUAUAACAUACAAAACCCGUAAAAAAGGGUACUGUAAAAAUAGUGCCUUAAUAAUACUUCAUACUAACCAGUUGAUUAUAGACUGAAUGCUUAGUUAAGUAGGGAAAAGAAAUAAAUAGAUUUCCUUUUUAGUUGUGCUUUUUAAAUUACACACACACACACACUCACACAGACACACAUAUACACACACACAGACACACUCAUACACACACACACACA